AGGAGAUGUGCCAAGACGCCUGGAUGUCGCGUCUUUGGUCAACCUACCUGGACUGCGACUUUCUGCAGAAUUAUCUCAGAUGGACCAGCCCCGAGUCAGAUUGGCUGGAGGAGGCCUUCGUGACCUAUGUCGCAGGCCCACAGGAUUCCAUCUACGCGUUGCAGGCGGUAAAUUUGAUUCGUUCCAUCGACCUCUUCUCCACCCGUCCCGUGGUGGUGGUGGUCUUUGACGACAAAUUCAUGCCCCCUGCGCAGUGGCAUGGCUUUCCAAAUGUGAUCGUCUACAAGAUGCUUCCCAUGAAAGGUCACCAUGUCUCCUUCAACUUCAACAAGCUGCGUGCCAUGGUGGCGGCCAGAGUUCUGGUGGGCAUCCAACUGGAGCGCCACUUACCAGGGGGUUCGGAGGAGUGUCUCCAUAAGAAUAGUGAAGGCAUCUGA